AUGCCCAAGGCUGGACUCGGUGAUAAGAUUCUGGUGGCGAUCCGUGGGCAAAUGCGGAAGGCAUACGUUGUGGGGGCGCAUGUUCAUCGACAAAUGAGACAACACGGCGUACCCAGCACUGACACCAAUAAUAUUGUGUUACUGGAAGAAGAGGGAAAUCCGCUGGGGAACCGUGUGAUGAAGCCGAUCCCCGCCAAACUGCUCGAGAAGCGCGAUCAUGCCCAAUUCUCCAAAGUGCUCGCCCUCGCCAACAAAUAUAUC